AUGCAAAUAUCUGCAGUGAAGUUUCUUGAUGUUAGAUGCAUGUUUUCACUUUUCUUUAUAGAUGUUUUUAGAAUUAGAUACUUUCUUUUAAUUGUACAAUUUCAAGUCAAGGGAAAGAAAAAAAUGAGUCAAAAAGUUACUUACGCGAUAGACUACAAGGGACAACCAGCGGACAAGACAAGGACUGGAGGAUGGUUGUCUGCGGCUUCUAUCCUUGUUCUUGAGGCAUGCGAGAGGUUCACUACAAUGGGAAUCUCAGCCAAUAUGGUGACUUACGCGGUUCCAACGUUGCAUCUUCCUAGUGCAACUGCGGCCAACAUUGUAUCAAACUUCGGCGGCGCGGGAUUUAUGUUCGCUUUGCUCGGGGGUUUUGUGUCUGAUACUUUCUUAGGCCGUUAUUGGACAAUUGCUAUUUCCAUACUCAUCAUAUCACUUGGUUCUGCUCUUUUAUCAAUAUCAUGUGCAUUGCCAGCACUACGCCCACCCCCUUGCCCCUUGAACAGUAGUAGCUGCAUACCAGCCAAUGGCUUCCAAGUUGGAGUUCUGGUUGCUGCUUUAUAUGUGAUCGCAUUGGGACAAGGAGGACUUAAAGCUAAUGUAUCAGGAUUUGGAACUGAUCAGUUUGACGAUAAGGAUAAGAAGGAAAAAACAAAGAUGGAUUACUUUUUUAGUAGAUUUUAUUUUGUGAUCAGCCUUGGGUCUUUACUUAGUGUCACAGUGGCAAUCUAUGUGCAAGAUAAUGUCAGUCGAAGCUGGGGAUAUGGCCUUUGCUGUUUCGCAUUCUUUUUUGGAGCACUUAUAUAUAUCAUCCGGACUAGAAAAUAUAGGUACAGGAAUUGCGUGGGAAGCCCCAUUGUUCAAGUUCUCAAUGUUUUGGUGGCUGCUAUACGGAAGAGGAAACUCAAAUGUCCUACUGAUGUGAAUGCCUUAUAUAAUGACUCAACCAAUACUGCUCCAAGAAUCCAUCACACAGACCAACUUCUUUGGAUGGAUAAGGCUGCAAUCAUAGAUGAAAACGACUACGAAAGUAAUGGUUCUGUGAUUGGAAACCGUUGGAAACUAUGUUCAGUCACAAAGGUAGAAGAGGUGAAAAUGGUGGUUAGAUUACUGCCGAUUUGGGCCUCUACAAUCUUUUUCUGGUGCAUACAUUCGCAGGUGCUUACCUUUUCUGUGGAGCAAGCUUCAACAAUGGAGAGAACAAUCGGGAACAACUUCCUAAUCCCCGCAGGCUCUUUCAAUACCUUCUAUAUUUUGGGUAUAUUAUUUGGUGCUGCUUUCUACGACCGAUUGAUCAUUCCCUUGAUGAAGAGGUGGAAAGGGAAACAUGGUUUCACCAACUUGCAAAGAAUAGCCAUUGGCAUUUGCUUCUCAAUUUCGGCCAUGACAGUUGCUUCCAUCAUGGAGACAAAACGGUUGUCCGUGGCUAGACUUGUGGGUCCUAAUGUCAUAACUUUGCCUGUGCAAUUCUACAUAUUGAUCCCACAGUUCGUUCUAGUCGGCGUGGGAGAAGCAUUCACGUACAGUGGUCAGCUUGACUUCUUCAUAGCUAGAGCUCCAAAAGGGAUGAAGUCAAUGAGCACUGGGCUUUUCCUCUCGACUGUGGGACUUGGGUUUUUUGUCAGCACCUUCAUAGUGACCAUAGUCAACAAUGUGACUGGAACCCAGAAUGGCACUGGAUGGCUAACCACUAACUUAAACUUUGGGAAAUUAUACUAUUUCUAUGCUCUUCUGGCGGUGUUAAGCUUCAUAAACUUGAUAUUCUAUCUUCUUUGUGCCUUGUGGUAUGUGAAGACAUUGAAAAAUGCUGCACAAAUAGAGAGCAUCACUAUAAGUACUGAAGAGGAAGAGAAACAUGCUACAAAGAUGGAAGUUCUUGGGGCAUGCGAGAGGUUCACAACAAUGGAAAUCUCAGCCAACAUGAUGACUUAUGCUGUUCCAACGUUGCAUCUUCCUAGUGCAACUGUGGCCAACAUCGUAUCAAACUUCGGUGGUGCCGGAUUUAUGUUCGCUUUGCUCGGAGGUUUCGUGGCUGAUAGUUUUUUAGGCCGGUAUUGGACAAUUGCAAAGAAUAACCAUUGGCAUUUGCUUCUCAAUUUCGGCCAUGACAGUUGCUUCCAUCUUGGAGACAACGGUUGUCCGUGGCUAGAGCUGUGGGUGUUCUUUCUAGUUGGCGUGGGAGAAUCAUUCACGUACAGUGGUCAACUUGACUUCUUCAUAACUAGAGCUCCAAAAGGGAUUAAGUCGAUGAGCACUGGGCUUUUCCUCUCGACUGUGGGAAUUGGUUUUUUUGUCGGCACCUUCAUAGUGACCAUAGUCAAUAAGGUGACUGGAAUCCAGAAUGGCACUGGAUGGCUAACCACUAACUUAAACUUUGGGAAAUUAUACUAUUUCUAUGCUCUUCUGGCCGUGUUAAGCUUCAUAAACUUGAUAUUCUAUCUUCUUUGUGCCUUCUGGUAUGUGAAGACAAUGAAAAACGCUGCACAAAUAGAGAGCAUCGUUACAAGUACUGAAGAGGAAGAGAACCAUGCUGCAGAGAUGGAAGGCACUUUCACAACUUCUACAAUUACAAAUUUUGGAGUUAUUAUUAAAGAUAAGCAAAUUGAUGUGCUUAUAAUUAGCUUCCGUUUGAAGGAUUACCAGAACUGGCACCAUUGCCAAACUGAAUUAAAUCCUCACUUGUUUUUCUUUUUGAUCUAUUUCAAGGAGAGGAAAAUGAGUCCAAAAAUUACUUAUGCGAUAGAUUACAAGGGACAACUAGUUGACAAGACGAGAACUGGAGGAUGGUUUUCUGCGGCUUCUAUCCUAGUUGUUGAGGCAUGCGAGAGGUUCACAACAAUGGCAGUUUCAGGCAACCUUGUGACUUAUUUGAUUGGGACGAUGCAUCUUCCUAGUGCAACUGCGGCCACCAUCGUAUCAAAUUUUGGUGGCUCGGCAUUUGUCUUGUGUUUGCUCGGUGGUUUUGUGGCUGAUAGUUUCUUAGGCCGGUAUUGGACAACUGCUAUUGCCGCACUCAUCAUGGCACUCGGUUCAGCUGGUUUAUCAAUCUCAGCCGCAUUGCCAUCACUACGACCACCCAGUUGCAUGGUUAAUAGUAGUACAUGUGUAGAGGCCAAUGGAUUCCAAAUAGGAGUUUUGGUUGUUUCUUUGUAUGCGAUUGCAUUGGGAGAAGGAGGGGUUAAAGCUAAUGUAUCAGGAUUUGGAACUGAUCAAUUUGACGAGAAGGAUAAGAAGGAAAAAACUAAGAUGGAUUACUUUUUCAGUAGAUUUUAUUUUGCUAUCAGCCUUGGAACUUUACUUGGUGCAUCAGUGGGAAUCUAUGUACAAGACAAUGUCAGCUAUAGCUGGGGAUACGCACUUCCUUGUUUCGCAUUCUUCUUUGGAACAAUUAUAUAUCUCUCCAGGACUAGAAAAUACAGGUACAAGAAAUGCGUGGGAAGCCCCAUUGUUCAAGUUCUCACUGUUCUGGUGGCUGCUCUAAGGAAGUGGAAACUCAAGUAUCCUACCAAUGUUGAUACCUUAUAUAUUGACUCUACUGACAUUGCUCCAAGAAUACAACACACAGACCAACUCCGGUGGUUGGACAAGGUUGCAAUCAUAGAUGAAAAAGACUAUGAGACUAAUGGUUCUGUGAUCCGAAACCGUUGGAAACUAUGUUCAGUCACAAAGGUAGAGGAGGUGAAAAUGAUGGUUAGACUAAUGCCAAUAUGGGCCUCCACGAUCUAUUUCUGGUGCAUACACACGCAGGUGCUUACCUUCUCCGUGGAGCAAGCUUUAACGAUGGACAGAAAAAUAGGGAACUUUCUAAUCCCGGCAGGAUCUUUUAGUGUUUUCUAUAUUUUGGGCAUAUUGAUUGGUUCUGCUUUUUACGACCGAGUGAUCAUUCCUAUAAUGAAGAGGUGGAAAGGGACACAUGGUUUCACCAACCUACAAAGAAUAGCCAUUGGCAUGGUCUUUUCAAUUGCAGCCAUGACAGUUGCUUCAAUCAUGGAUACAAGACGGGUGGCCGUGGUUAAAGUUGUGGGUGGCAAUGUUGCAAUUUUGCCUUUGAAAUUCUACAUAUUGAUCCCACAGUACCUCCUUGUUGGCAUGGGAGAAGCAUUCACAUACAGUGGUCAACUUGACUUCUUCAUAACCAGAUCUCCAAAAGGGAUGAAGUCGAUGAGUACUGGGCUUUUCCUCUCAACUAUUGGACUUGGGUUUUUUGUUAGCUCCUUCUUGGUGUCCAUAAUCAACAGUGUGACUGGAAACCAAAUUGGCACAGGAUGGCUAACCAGUAACAUAAACUACGGCAAAUUAUACUAUUACUAUGCUCUUCUAGCUAUAUUAAGUUUCACAAACUUGAUAUUCUAUCUUCUUUGUGCCACAUGGUAUGUGAGGACAAUGAAAGAUGGUACACAAAUAGAGAGCAUCGUUGCAACUGCUGAGGAGGAAGAGAAACAUGAUAUGCAAAUGAAAGAAAUAACCCUUACAGGUUCUGCAGAGGAAGAUAGAGAAUGA